UUAUGGAUGCUGUAGAUGAUUAUCUGCCAUUGCCAGAGUGGCAUUUUGUGCUUUGUCACUUUUUCUGUCUUUUUUUUUUUCUCUUUUCUUCUCUGUGGCUGAUGAUUUCAAUUUCAAUUUUGGAAAGCUAACCUGCGCAAUUUGCAAUUCAAAAUCGUCGGUUUCCUCCAAAAUUUAUAUAGGGCAUUGAUUCCCUUUUUGAAUUGUGGUUGAGGAGGGACUAAAGUACAGUUAUAGGUAGAGAAUGGCAUGUAGGGGAUGCUGGGAGUGCCUUUUGAAGCUAUUGAACUUCAUAUUGAGCCUCACUGGUCUGGCCAUAGUGGGCUAUGGAAUCUAUCUUUUUGUUGAAUUCUCUAAAGCUUCAAAUGAUGACACUCCGGAAAUUUCUCCUGUCAGUGAUGAUUCUGCUCUGCUUCAACUUGGCCGGCCCAUAAUCAUGGCUGUGUCAUUAUCUAACAGCUUUUUUGAUAACUUGCCCAGGGCUUGGUUUAUUUACUUAUUUAUUGGUACUGGAGUAGUUCUCUUUCUUAUUUCUUGUUUUGGAUGUAUUGGAGCUGCAACACGGAAUGGGUGCUGCCUGAGCUGUUAUUCCAUUUUGGUGGUAUUAUUGAUCUUGAUAGAGCUGGGAUGCGCAGGCUUUAUGUUCUUUGACAAAAACUGGAAAGAAGAAAUUCCGACAGACAAAACUGGAGAUUUUGAUGCGAUAUAUGAAUUUCUGAGUGAGAAUUGGCAUAUUGUGAAAUGGGUUGCUCUUGGAAUUGUUAUCUUUGAGGCCUUUCUUUUCCUGUUAGCCCUUAUUGUCAGGGCUGCAAAUAGACCAGCAGAUUAUGACAGUGAUGAGGAGUUCAUUAAUCCAAGGCAGCAAGUGCGGCAGCCAUUGCUCAAUAGACAAGCACCAAGCCCGGCAAUAGGAGUACCAGCUUCUGGGACAAUUGACCAACGUUCGAGCAGAAAUGAUGCAUGGAGUGCGAGGAUGAGGGAGAAGUAUGGGCUUGAUACUUCGGAAUUUACAUACAAUCCAUCUGAGUCGAGCAGGUUCCAGCAAGUAAACCCACAGACAACUGAAGAAAAGAGCCGCUGCACUAUAAUGUGAUCUUUUUUUGCUGAGUUUUUUGUUCACAUCACUCCAUGACAUGGCCAAGAUCAUUUUCAUGUUAGUGUGUUAUGUUGUGCUGAGACAUCGAAAUUUACAGUGGCAUUGCUUGUGUUCAUAAAGAUUAGGUGGAGUAGUGAAGCCAUUAGAUGCUCAUAUUAGUGGUCUCUGCUCAUCACUUGCCCUAACCCCAUCUUUGUUUUGAUUUAUUUGGGAGGAAAAAAAUUAAGAGUGGUUUUCAGUAUUUUCUGAUUGUUUUGAUGGAAAUUUAUGAAGGAGCGUUGGUGGAUGGAUAA